AUGCCUCUUCCACAAUUACUCGUUGGCAAGGUAGCCGCCAUCACCGGCGGUCUCACUGGCAUUGGACGGGCUAUUGCCCUAGAAUAUCUCCGCCAUGGAGCCAAAGUCUCCAUAAGCCACCUCGGCGGUCCCAAAGAAGACGCUCUGCUCGAAGCGCUGCGCAAAGACGUAAACGAGAUCGAAGCAGGCGCAGACAAACCCCGAUUCCUCACAGUGUCCGGUGAUAUCUCGCAGCCGGAGACAGGCAAGAAGUUUGUCGCUGAGACCGUUGAGGCAUUUGGCCGUCUCGAUGUUUUCGUGAGCAACGCUGGCGUGUGCCAAUUCGCCGAUUUCCUCGAACUUGAACCUUCCCUCCUCAACCAUACCAUCUCAACUAAUCUCUCUGGUGCCUUCUUCGCUACGCAAGCCGCGGCUCGCCAAAUGGCGUUGACUCAAUCACCACCCGGCGGGUCCAUUAUCGGAGUUAGUUCCAUUUCCGCGCUAGUUGGCGGUGGUGAGCAGACUCACUAUACGCCUACUAAGGCUGGUGUGUUGAGUCUUAUGCAGUCUUGUGCUGUCGCGUUGGGCAAAUAUAACAUUCGCUGCAAUGCUUUGCUGCCGGGUACUAUUCGCACUCAGCUUAACGAGGAGGAUAUGGCGGAUCCCCAGAAGCGGGCUUAUAUGGAGGGUCGGAUUCCACUUGGUAGACUUGGUCAGCCUCCGGAUUUGGCUGGGCCGGCUGUUUUCUUGGCUUGCGAGGAGUUGAGUAGUUAUGUGACUGGUGCUCAGCUUUUGGUUGAUGGUGGACUGUUUGUUAAUUUACAGUAG